GCGUUCUACCUCGCUGGAAAUGUCGUUUGGGCUUGCAGAGCUCGACAAGAUCCAGCCGGGGUUGGCGGCGGAGGCUGUGGCCGCCGGUCGUGAGGUUGAAACACUUCAUCUCACGCGGCCCUCCGGCGAGACGAUCGCUAAGGUGGACAUGACUCCUAUCACCAAACUGGUGGGCUACCCGUUCAUUGGCAUAUCCCGGCACGCGUUGCAGAAGGUCCUGCUGGGUCAUCUGGAGGAUGACGAUGUUGAGCUGGGGGCGCGCCUUGAGGGACUCGAUACCCAUGAGGGGGAGGGGAUCACGGAGCUCCGCUUCCGAGGACAAAGCGAGGUCGUGCGUGCUCGAGCAGUGAUAGGAGCGGAUGGGCGAAGAUCCAUAGUGCGAAAGAAGGUCUUGGCGGCCGAAGAAAGGAACUGCGACUGGGCACUGACCUGGUGGGCCUUAGCAGAUAUCCCCGAACCUACCACACCCAAAGGGGAGUUUCGUAUGUCCUAUUCAACGAAGCAGGCCAUCUACUACGGCGAGGUAGAGGAAGGGGUGACCAUGUGGUCAUUCACGUGUUGGAGAGACGGUGAGGUAGAACGCGACCCGGAACUACGGGCAGGGCGGGCGCUGAAAGAGUUGGAAGGGUGGCCGGAAGAGGUGAACAGUUACAAUUUGUUUAUAUACAGGACAUCACUGCUGUAG